AUGCUUCUAAGAAAUAAGUAAUAUCCUUAACAUUUUGAUAUUCAAAAUUCAAUUUUGUCUACUGAUUCCGAAUUUUGGGCAUUAAAUGUGAAUUUUUAAUCAAUAUUAACAUCUCGCUUGACUGUGAAGUGCAAGGGAAAAAUAAAGGAGAAAAAUAUUUCAAUUGGAGCAUAACAUAUUAAAUAUACUAAAAAUGUAGACUAUUGAUUGUAUUUAGAAAUUUAUAAGGUUUGCAAAUGCCUUUUUUACAAUUUUAAGAAAUACGUAAUAAGAAGUAAUAGGAAUAUAAUUGUAAAAAUAAGAUAACAAAAUUGAGGUUUAUGGACAAAUAUAAAAUUGGAUUGGUUUAUUAAUGAAAGAAUGCAUUUCAUUAGACUUUAUUUCUAAUUACAGUAUUGUUAAAUUGAUAGGUAGUGGAUCUACAGCAAAUGUAAUAUCUAUUUUUAGUUUAAGGUUUAUUAAGUUCGAUCUAAAAUAGAUGGCAUAGAUUGUGCAAUGAAAGUUUUCGAUAAAGCAUAAUUUGAGAAAGAUUAUUAAAUUAAACAAUCGAUUUUAUUUGAAAUAACAUAUUUAAAACUACUUAGUCAUCCUAAUAUAGUUAAAUAUUUAGGAGUGUUCGAGUCAAAUUCAUAAAUAAUUUUAAUCUUAGAAUAUUUAGAAGGAGGAGAUUUAAAAAGUAAUUUUGAAGACAAAUAGAUUGAUGAAGAUUAAAUUAAAAUUAUCAUGAAAUCUAUUUUAAGCGGUAUUGAAUAUAUGCAUAGUUUUGGUAUAUUUCAUAGAGAUAUUAAAAAAUGCAAUAUAAUGUUUAGGAAUUAAAAUAAUUAUGAUUCAAUAUGUCUUGUUGAUUUUGGUUUAGCAGAAAAAGCAAAUAAUGAUAAUGAUUAUUUAUUCAAAUAUUGUGGUACACCUGGUUGUGUUGCUCCUGAAAUUUUAAGAAAAUAAAAAUAUGGAUUAAAAGUAGACAUUUACAGUGUAGGCAUUUUAUGCUAUUAAUUGAUGUUUUAAAAAGAUCCUUUUAAAUCUAAUUCAACUAAAGAAAUAAUAGUCAAGAAUUUCUUAGGAAAUAUUGAUUUAUCGAUGACAUCAUCCAUUUCUAAAAAUGGAAUAAAUUUCUUAAAAGGAUUAAUUGAAAUAAAUCCAUCAUUAAGAUUUUCAGCAACUUAAGCUUUGAACCAUCCUUUUUUAUAGGCAAAAAAUUUUAAAAUAGUUUUUUGUAGGAAUAAUAAUAAUGCUAAUUCAAGUAAAGAAGCAAUAAAAUUAAAGCCAUUGAUAUUUCAUAAUAGUAGAAAUUAAUCUCCGUAUAAUAUAUCAAAAACUUCACCUAACAAAUUUUACAUGAAAACUGAAAGGAGUACUAGCUAAAGAUACGAUAAAACUUCAAAUUAAAGCACUAAAUUAAUAUCGAAAUCUAUUUUAUUAAAAAAUUUUAAAAAAUUGAAUACAAAAUGA